AUGAAAGCCUGUGAAGGGGGUCACAGUGACGUAGUAUCGUUCCUUCUGGAGAAGGGGGCAGUUGUGAAUAAACAGAGCUCAAGUGGAUCUACAGCUCUUCAUUUCUCCUGUCAGAAUGGACACGUUGACGUUGUGGAAAUACUACUUGAACAUGAUGCACCCGUGGAUUCAGUGGAUGAAGACGGCGAUACACCACUGAUUCUUGCUGCUGUAAAUGGUCACACUGAUUGUGUAAAUCGGUUGCUUGAUAACGGAGCGAGUAUUGAGUUCACCAAUAACAACGAAUGGAACCCUCUUCAUAGUGCUGCUGGCGAAGGCCACGUGAGUGUAGUCGCCUUGCUUGUGAAGGAAGGGGCCAACAUUAACGCGCAAUGUCCACACGGGUCGUCUGCGUUACUCGUAGCGUCGGAAUAUGGUUUCCCAGAUACUGUGGCGUUUCUUCUUGAGCAUGGAGCGUCUAUUGAUGCGGUUGAUGGAGACGGUGACAACGCCCUACUGCUUGCAGCGAAAUCAGGGCUCGAUGAAGCGGUAAAGACUUUUGUCGAAAAGGGAUUAUCAGUGGAUUUUACCGAUAAUGAGGGCAAAAGCGCUCUACUGAAUGCUGCGAUGGAGGGGCAUGUUGAUGUGGUUUCGGUGCUUCUAGAUGCCGGAGCAAACAUUGAUCAACGAGGACCAAACGGAACAACUGCACUGCUUGGCGCUUGCAAGAAUGGUCAUCUCGGCGUUGUUCAGGUUUUAGUCGAGAACGGGGCAGCCACUGACGUCAGAGACGAAGAGGGGAUGGAUUGCAUUGCUACUGCUCGUGCACACGGUCAAGAAGACGUGGUCGACUUCUUGUCGUCGUCGAAAGAGACACCUGUUAGCUGACAAUGUAGUUUAUUUUGAUUCACAGAACCAACUCGUCUCAACGGAGCCAUAGUUCUUAACAUUGCUACCAGGAAGAACCAUCUCUCAGUGGUUGAGCUGUUUCUCAAGCAAUUCGUGGUGGAAAUAUUGAAAUUUCCAUACCAUGUCCUAGAAAAAAAAG